AUGAAAAGGUACUCAAGAUCCCAAAAUAGUCGUUAUGAUCAAAUAAAGAGAUCUAAGGCUGAAUGCAAGAUACAUCCAUCCUUCGAGCCAUCAGGUAUAUUAGAAGCUGAAUCAAACAAUAGUAAUGGUGAGCCAUUGAAGUAUGUAGCGCCACCGGAUUCUGUAUCACCAGAUGAAUUUUGGGAUAAAAUAAAACUCACGAUAUCUGAGAGACCAAUUAUUAAGGCAAUAUUAUAUAAAAAAGGUAUUAAAGAACCCUUACGAGAAUUUAAUCUUGAUUUAAAGAGUUAUUACAUUAUAGGGAGACAACUUCCCAAAGAGAAAAGAAAUAUAUCUAAUGAAAAUAAUGAAAAUGAUUCCGACUCUGAUACCACAGAGGUAAUUUUGUCAGACAUUGGCAUACCUGACCCUGGUUGUUCUAAGGAACAUUCCGUCAUUCAAUUCAGGGAGAAAAACAAAAAGCUAUUACCUUACAUAAUGGAUUUAAACUCUUCGAAUGGAACUACCCUAAAUGGCAUCCUUAUACCGAGAGCAAGAUAUAUUGAGCUGAGGAAUGAGGAUCUAAUUUUAUUUUCCGAAUUUGACAUCGACUCUGAAUAUGAAUUAUUAUUUAUGUUUGUUAAGUAA